GUCAACGACAAUCUCCUUUGUGGGUCUCAUAUGGCGCUAUUGGCACAGUCCCUAUCUCAUGGUGUUAAUGUCACCCAAAUUGUGACCAUAAAACUCAAAGCUGUUGAAGAUUACCUCACCUGGCGCACUCAAUUCGAAUCCUUUUUGGUGUCCCAGGGACUUUUUGGCAUCAUUGAUGGAUCCAUUCAGGUACCUCCCAUGUACACAGUGAAUUUUAAUAAUCAGCAAAUCAUUAAUACUGAUUAUUAUCAUUGGCUUAGGGUAGAUCAAACAAUUCGUUCUUGGUUGUUUGCUACUCUUACUCGGAACGUAUUAACUGAUGUGCAUGAUAUUAAACAUUCAGCUGGUAUAUGGAAUCGUUUGCAAACACGUUUUAUGUCUGCUAGUUUACCUAGAGCCAUGGAACUUAAGCGUACCUUGAAUUCCAUUAAAAAGAAGGACAAUCAGUCUAUGGAACAAUACUUGCUUGAUAUUAAGAAUUUAGUUGAUGCCUUAGCUGCAAUAAAUUCCCCUGUCACUAAUAGAGAAUUACUGCAAAGUACUUUGUAUGGACUUGGCCCUGAGUAUGAGUUUGUAGUGGGAACUAUAUCCAUGUUCCCGGAUGAAUUUCCACCGGACAUCCUUGAACAUAGACUUCUUGAAGCGGAACAACGUGUCCUUCGUCAGCGCCAUCAGGAAUCCACCAACUUGCAGCAAGCUUUUGGGGCACAAACGGGUCCCGGGCAGCAGGGCCAACCUGGCCAACCGCACGCUUACCGCGGCAGAGGAGGCCGCGACAGAGGCGCGCGUGGCAGAGGGGGCCGCGGCAGAGGCCGUAACCAGAAUCAGCCUACAUAUCAGCUAGUUCCAGGGGACGGCCAGAUUUCCUAUACCGCACCAGGGGCUGCCGCCGUACCAGGAAGCUCAGCCGCAGGGGGUGUGUACCAUCCGAGACCAAACAAUGCUCAGUCGGGUAAAUCUGUCAUGUCCAUUUUAAAUAUUAAUGCUAAAUCUACUUCUGGUACUCACUAUCAUUAUGCAGGUUUUCCUUCAGCUGAGGGUAUUCUUGGUUCAGUUCCUCCUCCAGUUGUGUGUCAGAUUUGUUUUUCUGCAGGUCAUUCUGCGAUACAUUGUCCGUCUCGUUUUUCACAGCCUUCUGCACCUGCUUUGGUUGCUCCAACUGGGGAAUCCAACGAUGUUUUGUGGUAUCCGGACUCUGGUGCCUCUGCUCACAUGACUUCAUCUGAAGGACAAAACUUCGGGGGUGGUUCUUCUUCAGGCGCGUCAUAAUGGCCAUCUUUACCCUAUCAGCCUCACUCCGCCUGCACCCUUAGCAUUAGCUUCUAUCACUGUUUCUGGCCCUGUGUGGCACCGUAGACUAGGUCAUUGUGGUGAAACUAUUUUGCGCUUAUUACAUCGUAGAAAACUUAUUUCUGGUCAUUCUAAUUUCGAACAUGAUUGUGUUUCUUGUCGUUUGGGUAAAUCUCAACGAUUACCUUUUUCGGAUGCUAGUCAUACUUCUUCUGCACCAUUACAAUUAAUUCAUUCUGAUGUUUGGC